CCCCAGAAGCAGGAAGGCAAGCGGCAGAAACCAGAAGUAGGAGGAGCAGGAGGGAGAAGCAGGAGGGAGAAACAUUGUUAAAAGGUUCUUGAAAUAAACUGCAAAAGGAAGAGUUCUCGGGUCGUGUCUUUCUGGCUGGUCAAGGCGGACACAACAACUGCCUAAAUUUUCAUUUCAUUCAGAAACCAUAUUAAUGUGUGUGGCACUACUGGGAACUGAACCUAGGACCUCAUGUAUUCUAGUCAAGCCCUCUCCCUGAGCUACAACCACAGGUGCAGCUGUAACCUGAAGCAGCUGUCUAUUGCCUUGGCACUACCUUACCUUGACGCGUCUGCCCUGCUGGGGACUGUAACCCGAGCCAAAGGCCUGCCUUACUGAGGCUGCUUUAGCUACUGACAUCAAGGAAGGAAGGAAGAGCGUGAAAUCCCCCAGAAUGGAUCCUUCCAAGCAGGGCUAGAUGCUGAGCGACUCCCUGGGAGGAUGGCUCUGCCAUCUCCACUUCUACUUAGGGACAACAGUCACUAGUGUGUCCUCUUCAGGCACGGAAACGAAUACUCGAAAGAAACCUCUGGAAGAUUUCCUUUUCUCUUUUGAACUCUGCCAUGUAUCGCUGCAGGCCAUGUCCAUGUGGAAAUCGAGGCUCACCAAAAGCCUGAAGCUCCCAUCUCGAAGGAUGCACUCUUUCCCAUGCUCAGCUCUGCUGGCCUGUUUUGGGAACACCAGGGAAAAUGCUACCUUUGAUCAGUCCAGCUCGACGGAUACUCACUCCGCCAUCUAUGUCCAGCCCAUGGCCAAAGCAGGCAGACAUCCAAGUCCAAAGGUAGAAGAAAAAGCUCCAGAGAAAAGGCGAGAUUCUGGUAUGCACUCGGAGCAAAAUGGCACGGCCAAUGGCAGUAACAGCAAACACACCGCUGUCCAGCCUGUAGAGACCCCUGAGGAUUUGGCCAGGUCCCUGCAUGACGACUGUGAGGCCGUCACUUUCCAGACGUCCAUCCCUAGACCAUCAAUUAUUGACAUGCCAAAGGAAGAAGAAUCCCAUCAAGAGCCCCAGUGCCCUGAGAUGGAACAGAAGGUGCUCUCAGGUAGAGUAUGGUCAGCACGGCUCGGCUUUGGCUGGCUGCUGGUACUUACAGCUGGGCUUGACUCUGACAAAAGAUUUGUGGAUGACAAAGAGAAAUCUCCCUGUUACAGAUGA